CCAGGCGCCCUCGAGCGCAGCCCGAACGCACCGCGAUUGUGUCGAGUCCUCUGUACCCGUGUGUUGCAAUGAAGCAACAUAAAGAAAAUACUAUAAGAUCGUAUAAUGCUAAAGUUACCCAAAGGCCUUAAAAAGAAGAAAAAGGGCAAAAAAUCUAAACGUAAAGGAGAAGAGGAACUUUUCACAGAGGAAGAGCUAGAGAAGUAUAGAAGAGAACAUCAACAACAAGGCGACAGUGAAGGAUCGGCUAAAGAAAAUGAAGAAUGGUCAAAAUUUAAGGAUUUGACGACUGGUGUUGAUUCAAUACUUAAGAAAACACAAGGUGAUCUUGAUCGAAUAAAAUCUACUUCUUUCUUUCAACGUGUGCCAGCGGGUCCAAAAGAAGUUGUAGCAGUAGAAAAAGAAGAACCACGUAGGCCGGUUGUUGAAGUAACUGAAGCAGAUUUUCCCCACUUAGCAGCAGCUGCUGCGGCUGCUGCUGCAGAGGCCGAAAACGGUGAAAAAAGUGACUACGGUGUCACUGAUGAUGAGUCUGAAGACGAAGAUGAUCAAGACGAUAUAUUUGAUACUUCAUAUGUCGAUGCUGUUGAGCGCGGAGAAGUAAAACUUGCAUAUGUGCCAGAUUCACCUGAAGAGUUUCAAGACGACGAUAUUUUUGAUACGUCCCAUGUGGAUGCACUUAUAAAAGGUCAAGAAGUCAAAACUUCAAAAGGAAAAAAGGGUUUGGAUAUUGGAGUAGCCGUUGAGGUACUAACUGGUCGCAUAGAUAAUGUUACCGUUACCUCUAAAAGACCAAAAAGGAUUAUACCUGGUGAUUUAUUGCUAGACAGUGAAGACAAAGAAACAAUAACAGUAAAAACAACAACAGUAAAUGAGCCUGUUGAGAAGAGUAUAUUAGACAUUGACACAGAUAUACCUAUAAAUACGCCUAUCGAUCUUAGCGUAUCUUUACAUACUGCACUAAUACAACAGAAAAAAGAUAUUAGUGAAGAAGAUUUGCCCGCUGACGUUAGUGAGGAAAAAACAAAAGAAUCUGAAGAAAUAGAAGUCGAUGAGUUUACUUUACUGGCAGCAGAAUCAUUAGAAGUUAAAGCAUCAAUUAAUAAAUUGGAAGAAAAGGAAAUAAAUAUCGAACCAGUUUUACAAGAAUCGUGGUCAGCAUUUGAAGCUGAUAAAAACGAAACUGUUUUUGCAGAAGGAAUAGUUGAAGAUCAACUCGAUGUCCUAGAUCCUUAUAUUGAUCAAGACGAUCCUUUUGAUACUAGUUUUGCGGACGCUGUAAUCCCGACAACUAAUUUUGAGCAAGUAAAACAAGAAGCUGUAAUAUUAGAGGACGACGACGAUUUUGAUCCACGUGCAGAGGAAGUCCAAAUUAAACUUAAUAACAGGCGUAAAUCAUCCGUUCGAAUCCAUUUGAUAAAUCCCUCGGGAAUCAGGGAAUCGAUUACCUCUGAUGAUUUAGUUGAAAAUGAAGAAAAUAAAGGCCAGCGAGAUCUUUUAGGCGGAAGUACAACUGAUUUAACACUACUCGGAGAUUCGCCAUUGGAUCCUGUAAAUAUAGAUAACAUUGAAAUAGAUCCAUUUGAUACAACAAUCGUUGAUAAGAUUGUUGCACCUGGAAAAGUUGAGCUUAAGCUUUUAGAACAAGAGCUCAUUGGAGCUCCUGCCUCUGUGACAAUCUAUCGCGUUCCAAGUGAUCCCGAUUUUGAUCCCAGAGCUGACGAACCUAAAGUAGAAAGAAGAGCUUCGCGGCCUGAAAAUUUAACAGUUAGUAAAAAUGUUGUUUUUGACGUAGAUGGUAAAGAAACUUCCGACUUUGAUAGUAAAUCAAAGCCUACUAAACCAUUAACUCCAUAUUAUACACGUGAAGUAUCCAUAACAGAGGACUUAAACGAAGAAACUGAGACCAACGAUCAAUUUGCCGAUGUUUUAACGCGGACUCGCUCUGAGGAGGAUUUAGCAAAAAAUAUAACUUAUCAAGCUAAAAGAAGACAUUCGGAAUAUCCACAAACAACCCAAAAUAUUAAUAACUUUAAAGCAAAUGACCUUCUUCAUGAUCACAUAAAUGAAUUAGAAGCUAAAGUUUUGACACCACUUGGUCCAAAACCAACGGAAGAACUUUUAACAAACGUAGAGUCUGAUCCUUUCGAUACAUCUUUUGCUACAGAUAUCAAGCCCAGUAAAACAGAGUUAAAACUAUUAGCAAAAGAAUUUUCUUGCGAUAAUACCUCUGAAAUAGAAGGUGAGGCGGAUUUGUUAGAUCCUUCUGAUGACAUUUUUCAAGUGAAAGCAUUAACUCCUGAGCCACCGACAACAACCCGCAUUCCCGAAGAAGAUUUUGACCCUUUCGAUACCUCAUUUGCUAGUGACUUAAACCCUGGAAGGACAGAAAUCAAUAUGAAUGAACCAGUGGCUCCCGUAACUACUGAAGACCUUAAUCCGUUUAUGAUGUCUGAAUCAGAUACUUCUAACUUUACGCCAGGUGAUAACCCAUUUGCCACAAGCAAUCCCUUUUCUGAUUUUGAAAAUAGCUAUGAGCCACCUGCUGGAGAUACAGUACCUGUUGAUAUUUUUGGAAAUGCUGAACCAACAGGUAUUGGAGCGAAGCAGUUCGAUGAAACUAAUUCAAUGGACGUAUUUGGAAAUUUAUCAAUGGAUAAUGAACGUCUUGUAAAACCAACUGAACUCGAGUUGGUUUCUACAAUGGUAGAUUGCAGUUACCCUGAGGAAGAGGAAAUUAAAGAUUCUCAAUUAUCAACAAGGCCAUUACCUGCUGAAACUCAAAAUUUAAUCUUGACUGUCACGGGACAAAUGGAAUUUACAAGUUCUCAUUUGCUUGAUCGUAUUCCACCAACGCGAACACCAAGUCCAGUAUCAGUACGUGAUAUUCAUUCACCAAGUCCUACGCCCGAACCUGAUUUGCUUGAAGAAAAUACAUCAACAGUAGAUAAUAAUCGUAAUAAGCCUGCUAGACCACCCCCUGCACGUCCACCACGUCCUGCCCCACCACCGAGACCACAACAGCCUCCUGUAACAAUUCAAUCGGCCGGUGAUGAUAUCAACUUAUUUGAUGCACCUGCUCCAACAGUUGUUAAACCCACAAAAGAAGCAAUUCUUAGUUUAUAUUCAGCACCAAAGAAAGAAGAAAAACAAAUAGAUUUUCUAAGUGAUGAUCUACCAGAAUUAUCUACUGAUAUUGAAACAAAAACUAUGGAUACCACAUUCCCGGUUGUUACAUCGUCUUCAGCAAAUGAAUCCUCCAACCUAAUAUUUAACGAACCGGACUCAUCGAUGAUUGUUAGUACUACAGAGUCCGAGGAGCAAAGUACUAUAUUUGAGGUGCAAAAAUCAAAUGCAGUUGAUGAUGUUACUGUUCAGAUGGAUUGUUCUGAACCAUCGGUUGAAGUAAAUACGACUUCCCCAAAUGCUUCGCCUUUUGCUGAUAUCACAGAUAAUAGUUACCAAGUACACGGUAACGAAAGUGAGAAAAAUCCAUUUGAAUUUAGUAAUCCCGCUGACAUUGCUUUAUUUAAUCAGGCUGAGUCUGACAUAACUGGUUUUAAAUCUGAGGACACAGUUAUGACAUCCACUACUAAUACCCCAUUUACAACAGAGGAAAAGUUUAUAACUACUCCACAGUCAAAUAUUUAUAACCCUCCGAUGGAUAUUUUUGGUACAGUGGCGAAAGAAGCAUACGAAGACACUCAAAAAAAUAUUUUUAAUAUUGAACAGGAAAAUAUUCCGACAAAUCAAUCUGCAACUAACUCAGACAUGGGUUGGAAUACUACAGAGAAUAUGGUGCAAGAUGCUUUUCCUGAAUCUCAAGAUGCUUUUGAUGCGUUUUCCGCGAAAUUUGAUUCAACAGGUGGAAAUCAUAUGAAUACAGAUGCUUGGGGCGAUGAUAGCAAUGCGGAUUCAGAACCUGGAGGAUUCGAAGCAGAAGCUUUUGAUCCAUUUUUAAGUAUGGGCGCACCACCUCCCCCUGCUGCAACUCCUCGACUCGAUCAUCAGGGCUCGCGAGAUUCCACGGAUGACACGUUUUCGGUAUUCAUUCGACCAAAGGAUAGUGAGGCUGGUGCAGUAGAAUCCACGGUGCCGGUACUGGCACCACCACCGCGGCCACAAGCUCUGCCAGAAUCACCACGUGUUAAUCCUUUCGAUAAAAAUGGAACCGAACCAAUGCAACAGCAAGUUACUUUUGACCAAGAGGAGUCAAGGCGCAGAUCCGGUAGCGGGGGAGAAACACCACCGACGCCGUUGUUCGAUGACGAUGUGUCGAUGCCACUCGAGGACUUCCCCCGCACCAAAUACACUGGCCCCGGCUGGGAGAUGCACCUCCGGCAACCAAAUAAGAAGAAAAUAACGGGACAAAGGUUUUGGAAAAAGAUCUUCGUGCGUCUAGCCUGCCAGGGCGAUAAUCCAGUGGUGCAGUUGCUAAACACCGCGACCGACAAGGAGCCAUUGCAGGAGUUGCCGCUACAGGCGUGCUACUCCGUGUCCGAAGUAGGAGCACAGCAGUUUGACCAGUUCGGCAAGAUCUUCACGGUCAAACUCCAGUUAAUCUUCUAUAAGGAGCGACCUGGUGUACGGCCAGGGCAGGUGACGAAAGCAGAGCGUAUUACGAACAAAUUGUCACAAUUCGCGGCGUACGCGAUCCAGGGUGAUUACCAGGGAGUCAAGGAGUUCGGCAGCGACCUACGCAAGCUGGGUCUACCCGUGGAGCACGCGCCGCAGGUGUCACAACUAUUCAAGUUGGGGUCGCUGAGCUACGAGGACGUGAAACAGUUCUCGUGCUGCGUGGAGGAGGCGCUGUUCCGUCUCUCCGCGCACCGUGACCGCGCGCUCACCUACAAGAUGGAAGAGGUGCAAAUAACUGCAGUGGAUGAGCUGUAUGUAGAACAGGACGCUGAAGGGUCAGUCCUAAAGCAAAUAGCACGCGUGCGACUUUUCUUUCUCGGUUUUCUCAGUGGGAUGCCGGAUGUGGAGCUCGGUGUGAACGACCUGCGGCGUCAGGGCAAGGAAGUCGUCGGCAGACACGACAUCAUCCCCGUCGUCACCGAGGAGUGGAUUCGCGUCGAGGAUGUCGAGUUCCACGCCUGCGUGCAGCCCCAGGCGUUCGCUGAGUCGCAGAUUAUCAAGUUCAAGCCGCCCGAUGCCUGUUACAUCGAGCUGAUGCGCUUCCGAGUGCGGCCGCCCAAGAACCGCGAGCUGCCGUUGCAGCUGAAGGCCGUGUGGUGCGUCACCGGCAACAAGGUGGAGCUGCGGGCCGACGCGCUGGUGCCGGGCUUCGCGUCGCGCAAGCUGGGUCAGGUGCCGUGCGAAGACGUCGCCGUGCGCUUCCCCAUCCCCGAGUGUUGGAUCUACCUCUUCCGCGUCGAGAAGCACUUCCGAUACGGAUCCGUCAAGUCCGCGCACAGACGCACCGGCAAGAUCAAGGGCAUCGAGCGUUUCCUGGGCGCCGUGGACACGCUGCAGGAGUCGCUCAUUGAGGUGACCUCGGGACAGGCCAAGUACGAGCACCAACACCGCGCCAUCGUGUGGCGCAUGCCGCGACUGCCCAAGGAGGGGCAAGGCGCAUACACGACUCACAACCUGGUGUGCCGCAUGGCGCUGACGUCGUACGACCAGGUGCCGGAGGAGCUGGCGCGGUGGGCGCACGUGGAGUUCACGAUGCCCGCCACGCAGGUGUCGCACACCACCGUGCGCUCCGUGUCGCUACAGGAGCACGACGGCGACCCGCCCGAGAAGUACGUGCGCUACCUCGCACGCCACGAGUACAUGGUGGGCAUCGAGCGCACUUCGGGGCAGGCCGUGGCGGCCUACUCGCUGGCCGCUACCAAGGAGCCCGAGCCACCGCGCGAGACCAUCAAAGAAGCUCCGCGCGAACCCUCCUCGGACUCCGACUCGGACUAGGCGUUUGCUCUCCGAUGCGGCCUCGGCUCUCCUUAACAUUCUAAUGCCCGACCAUGAACGACUCGGUCCUCCGUCAUCUGUUUCGGUCUAGCCGAUCCUGACGGAACAUUCUAUGUCAUUGUCUUAGAUCUUACUAACGAAUUACAAAUCCCACUAUAAGCAGAAAGACAGCCGAAUAAGUGUCCCCUUGUGGAUAUCACGUUCGCCAAAUUUAGUAUAGAGUUGAUGCAAUUUAUGAAUACUGUUAUUUGUAGUGGCGUUACAUAUGCGGUUGAAUUCUGCAAAUGAUAACCUUAUAAUAGGGCUAACUAUGGCUUACUCUAAUUGAUUGGUACUUGUAUAUGUAUAAGUUAAAAAAAAAUUGCUUCAAUAAAUAAAAUACAAAAACAAUACGAGGGGGAACACCCGCGGUAUGAACUCGGGACAGACAUUAUUCGAGUAAAUGACUAUAUUGAGAUAGUAUAUAUACGGCUUUUGUAAAUAUAUAAAGUGCUAAAGUCGCACGAAUUUAUUAUCUUCAAAAUAGUGUACGUGUGUGUUACAAAUUAGAAAAAGAAGUAGCCAACAUUAUUAAUGAAAUUAUUAUUCACAUAAUAAACUAUUGUAUUGGUAUAUUAGAAAACAAAAGAAGUGAUCUCGAAGCUGGUAGGGGAUAAGUUAGGCUAGGGACAGACGGUCAGUAGAGUCGCUCGCAAGUUACCUGUUUAAAGGAUUACGUGUAUAUUUUUUGUACAAUUUACCUUAAGCGUAUGUUAGUAGUUCAAUGCAAUAUCAUGUAGUUAAUUAAUGUUUACGGCAAUAUGAUCGCUGGGAGUCUGUGGAAUACGAGGGUGAAAUGGGAAACAUUUCGGACGAGUUUAGACCAAAGAGAUUUGUAUAUAAAAAUAAAUUUAAUAUAUUGUAAUAUUCUUGAAAGUCAUAUUUUGGACAAUCCCACCGCUACGGGUAGAAGUGUGCUUAUCUCAGUGGACACUGACACGACACUAUUGGUGCUGGUUCGCACAGAACCUGUACGUUGUGAGAUACCGCACAUUAAGUACGUUACUUAGCAUGUAUCACAAUGUAAUCUAUACAAAUAUUUAUGUAAGAGUAUAAUAUCUUUAUGAAAUCUAUCUAUGUGUAGUUUUAUCUAAAUGGGAAAUAGAACCAAAUGGCAUGUGACUGUUCUCUUAUUAUAUUUUAUUUGCUGUUUAUGAAAAGCUUUUAUAUAUCGAAGAGAAAGUUAAGCAAAUGAAAGGUCCAAGUACAUAUUAUUACUUAUUUUACGUGGCUAUGACAUAACACUCGGCAAAGGAAACCUUAUAUAAGAGAUUAAACAGCAUGUAACGUGGAACGGUAUUGAAUAAAAUGUGUAUACCUAAAGCGACCGGCUCGACUCGAGCUAUCUAGCGACGAGCGACGAGUACACAUUGGUAAUGCUUAGCUUGAGGCGAUACUAUUUACAAUAGCUUUCGUACACUACACCUAAGUGAUUAUUCUUACUACUCCUACAUCAGUCUGUUGAGCACGAGUACCUAGCCCUGUAUACUGUAAAACUUGUGUACUCGGACUGACUAGUUUUGAACUUUUCUACUUUAACGUUGAGACGACAUUUACACUUGCUACGACUUAUUGAUAUUAUAUUAUUAGAUAUUAUGUGAAACUAAUACGUAUGGUUCUAGCAAUUGUAACGAUUAUUUAAUAACUAAUUAUUUAUUUGGUGGAGCACAAAUGUAAUAUUCAAAAUAUUGAAAUAAAAAUAAAACCUAUAUGUAAUUUAUUGAAUGAACACUUUAGUACGCUACACAUUCGAAAUGUCGGUAGUGUUCGAUGUUACCUGAAUCUGGUACGAUGUAUUUCCUCAUAAGCUUAAUAAAAAUAUAUCUGUUUCUGUGCUAGUAAUUGUAUAGAUAUUGCCGAUGUAUUUAUAUUGUAAAACAAUUUAUUGUUUGUUGUUGACGUCAUAAUCUCUUAACCAUUCAUUGAUUAUAAAUAAGAGCAAUGACAUAAAUAUAUCGUUAUCUCUAGCGUUAACAAAUAUAAUAUAGUUUGGAGAAGCUAAUACAUAUGAUAUAUUGAUUGUUGUAUCCAUAAACUAGACGACCCCCUCGCCCGCACGGAGCGAGUCACGCGAGUCGCGACGUACGCGUUACGGGUAGAUGGAUCUACGCGACGCGGCGCGACCUGGGCCAGGGCCUCUCGCGCGUCGAGUUCCGCGACAGUCGCUCCGUCCACCGCGUGUGGACUAUAAUGUUGUGUUGUCAAUAAAAUAAAUACGA